AUGACCCUCUCACCCUCACCAUCGUCCACUGUGAUGGACUCGCUCGGCGAGUCGACGUUGCGCCUCAUAGACGCGCUGAACAAUCUCCUUAUUGCCCUCAGCCUCCCUUUCGUCCUCGAUUCUCCAACGGACCUGACUCCCUCGCUCCUACUUGCCAUCCUCGAGUCGAUCAUACACGCCCGCCUCCCACUCCCGCCAGCCAUACGUGCAUCUCGAAGUCCAGUCGCACGCGUAGAAGCGAUGCAUGUCUUCCUUGGUGUACUUCAAUGUGACUUGCUCGACGCGAAGACCGACGCUGACGCGAGCGUAGGGCUUGACGAAGUUGAUCCGGAGCGCCUGGCGGAAGGAGAUUGGGACGAGGUUGUCUUCGUUGGACGGUUGCUGUGUUGGCUUGCACGAAGGCGGGGUAUAGUGGAUGUCAGUAUGUCAUACGACGACAGUGGUGAUGCCGACAUAUCGCUCGGACCACGAGGGAGACUGGAGGAGGCGGAAGAGGAAGAGGAGGAUAACCUCAGCAUCGACUUGCAGAAUCUAACGGUGGGCGAUGGCGACACCACAUUCGGAGGAGCAGCUGAGGAGUCGUACAUUCCCGACAUACCGCGGCAUCCACGCGUGCUUUCUCCAUCUACAACCACGACUCGGAGCGCUCAUACCGAGCUGUCCAUGCACUCUGCCAAUAGCUCCUCUGUCACCAGCGUUCGCGAUGAUGAUCCUACCCCAGUACCAUCUUCUCCAGCUUCCCGGACCCCGUCACCUACCUCAGCUCAUGGACCAGUAUGCAUCCAUGACAUGGAUGAUCCCUCCGUGCUCCUCGUUUCAGACGACUCCAUCAACAAUUCUACCGAGUUCUUUCAGCGUCCUUCCGCAGCAGGUGUUCAAUCAUUCUGCAGCUGCGAUAACAGCCGGAAUCCAGACACGACGGCUGAAUCACUCUGCACAUGUUCAUGCCGAUCUGAUGACCUCUCGUCCUCGCUUCUCCUCGCACCGCCCACUCCUGUUCGCCAAGCAGGCUGGAUAGCCCCUGUCGACGAGGAGGCUGAACUUAACGAGUUCUUCGCGAGCCGUGGCUCCAAUUCAACUCUAGAGCAACCCCGUACUUCGACCAUGCCUUUGUCUGGCUUUCGACAGUCUAAGGCGCCUCUGUCUCCUCAUGUACCUUCUACGCCAACCCCCAAACGGUCCUCUUUCCGAUCUCCCCUUUCGACUAGAUUGUCUCAGGAAACUGUCCGAAUACGAGAGCGCGCCCCCAGUCCACCAUUUAAUAUCUCCUUUCCUGACCGCACCUCGACUCCUCGCCGACCGUCCUCUAACUCUCAACCUACUUCCUCCACCCGUCUACCGGACCGCUCACGCUCCAACGAUGCCUCAUAUUCCCCAUCUGCACUCGGAAAGCUGCCUUCCCGGGCACCUGUGAAUCAUCUUCGGAAGGCGCGCUCGCCAACGGCUCAGACGCUCCUCCUCACAUCCCAGCGUGCUCGCUUACUUACGGAGUUAGCAGACCUGAAGCUGGCGCGAGCCCGCUGUGUGAGCUAG